AAGACCUACCUUCCUUUCCUACAUUGUUACUCCAAAUUAUAAACGUUACCACGAUCCUACAUUUUUAUCUUUUAUCUUUCAUAUCAUCUUUAUCUUCAAACGUUUUCUGUAUUGAUACGUGAAUCAUAAAAGGAAAAAAGAAAGAAAAUACUCACUACUUGAAAUAUAAUCCAAUCUUACUAUUAUUCCAUAUCGUUCAACAAUCCUCAUCUUAAUUGCCACCUAUAUCCUAUACCAGCUUUUAAUUUUUUUUAAUAUAUACCAGAUAUCCCAGACAUCGUAAUAUCUUUUAUCCAUCAUGGUUCAAUUCCCUGGAACAAAGACCACCACAAAGACCACGACUGUUAAUGGGGUCACCACCACUGUCAAGACGAUUACGGCGCCAGGCCAGCCCACUCGUAUUAUCACCACUACAACGACCAAGGUCCCUGCUGGUCAGCAGCCUGCCGACAAUCAGCGACUCCCUACUCAGUUGGGUCAACCUCAACCCCAAGGCCGUCAGCCUGUUCAACAAUCACAAUCACAACCACAACCACAGCCACAACCAGAGCAGCAAGAGGUAAAGCGUAAGAGCAGUGGAUUCUUUACCAACCUUAAGAAGCAUGUCUUGCCCAAGAAGAAUAACAAUGUCCCUCAACAACAAUACCCAACUCAGCAACAAUACCCAACUCAACAACAACAACCACAACAGCAACAGCCACACCAUACGACCAUUAUCCGCCAAUCGGAAGAUGAUGGUCCAAUCGACAACUUGGCAGAAAAGAUGCGUCAUGCUGCUCUGAGCCGUCCUACACAGCACGUGGAGCACCAUUCAUCAUCCACCACAACUCAGGAUGGAAAGGUCGUUCGGCACAACAGUGUGUCACAUUCGCACGAUGGUCCAGAAGACUCAAUUGCUUGUCUCAAGAGGAGUCGCCCUUGUGUUGCGCCCGACUUUAAUGGCCAGAGAUUGGACGUUAGUGCUAUCGAUUUUUCACGCGAGGAUGGACAUGCACGUGCAUGCCCUAGCUCUGAGAUGACUUCCAUUCCACGUCUAUCACACUACUUGACUUCCCCCUUCAAGGGUAAUCAGAUCUCUCAGCUUCGAACCAUUUUCACCUGGCUGGCCAACAACAUCGCUUAUGAUGUUCCUGCCUUCAUGUCCGGUCGGUAUGGUGAUCAAGCUCCCGAAGCUGUCCUUCGCAAUCGCAAGGCCGUCUGCGAGGGUUAUUCCAAUCUAUACAUUGCCCUCGCUGAGCCUGCUGGUCUCAAGGUUAAGAAGAUCAUUGGAGUUGCUCGCGGCAUUGACACCCAAGUCGGAGACAACCGUCUUGGUUCUCCCCAUGCCUGGAAUGGUGUGACGAUUAAUGGCGAGCACCUGCUGAUCGACUCCACCUGGGGUGCUGGUGUCUGUGACCUUAGCACAAGAUCCUUCCGCAAACUUUUCCGCCCAUUCUUCUUCUUGCUUCGUCCCAACAAACUCAUCUAUACUCACUGGCCUGAGGACCCCAAGGAGCAAUUUUUGGACCCACCAAUUGAUGAGAAUGUCUUCCGUGGUCUUCCAUGCAUCAAACCCGAGUCUUGGCAGUUGGGCAUCAAGCUCUCUGGCAAUCACCGGGGUCAAGUGAUCAAAACCAAGGAUGAUGCUAUUGAAGUCGAAGUUCGUUUGAAGAAGCGCCCUCAGGAUGGAGCCACUGGCAAGAUUGUUGCACGCUUGAACUGGAAGGGCCAGUCGAUUCCAACAUCUGUACAAUGGGCACGUGAGGAUGCCAAGUAUGUGUACAUGUUGAUCAAAUGUUGGUGCCCCAGCUCAGGAUCAGGAGAGCUCAGCGUCUUUGGAUGGCCACCAGGUGGUGAUCAAACCAAGAAUGGACCACAAUGCUUGUUGUACAAGGUCGUCAACGAGGGGUCUGGACGUGCAGCAAAGCCAUUGUUGCAGCAGUAUGUUGUCAAGGGUUUUUCUUUCUCGGUGCUGGAGCCUAUGACUGCACAAGUCAACAAGGGUGUUCCUCAAACGAUCCGUGUCCGUGUGUUUGAUGUGGAGAAAGGCAUUACUCCAGCAUUGGCCUUGCAAGGCCCUGAAGGGGGUAUGCCAGAGAGAUUGCCACAGGUUCAGCCUGGUCUUUUUGAAAUGACCAAGGUCUUGACACCAGGUCAAUGGAAGAUUGUGCACAUGACCUCUGAAUAUGGCUUCAGUUUUGCCGCUGUCUUUGACGCUGUAUAAAAAUAAAAAAAAAAGACUCGAGCUCAAAAUCCUUCCACUCAUGAAAAAGUAGCAUUCUAGUUAUUUUUUGUUCUUUCUCCCUUUUAUAUAUACCAUCAUCCAAAAAGUUUUAACCACAGCCUUUGUUCAUAAUUUC